GAGGCAAACGAACAAAGCCACAGCGCACCUCACUUAUUACGAACCCCCUCUGUGCCACUGCCCACUGCCACCUGAAAUCCCCGCGAACCUAUACUUUUCCUUCCCCCGAUCCAGGCGGUUCUCUUCCCAGAAGCCAGCCCAGAAUGGCGGCAUCCGACGCGCUGCAGUCCAUCGUUUACAGCCGUGGGUCGCUCCGCCUCCUCGAUCAGAGGAAGCUGCCGCUCGAGAUGGAGUACAUCGACGUCAAGAGUUCCGCCGAUGGCUGGAAUGCAAUAAGAGACAUGGUUGUCCGUGGUGCUCCAGCAAUAGCCAUAGCAGCGGCACUAGCAUUAGCCGUUGAAGUUUCUGAUUUAGAUUUUAUUGGUACGCCUGAAGAAGCAGCUUCUUUUGUUUCAAAGAAAUUGGAAUACCUUGUAUCCAGCCGACCAACUGCAGUGAACCUAUCUGAUGCUGCAACAAAGCUCCAAACUUUGGUAUCAAAGGCAGCUGAAACUGCAAAAGAUUCCAAGUCUAUCUUUCAGGUCUACAUUGAGGCCGCAGAGACGAUGCUUGUUGAUGAUGUGGCAGAUAAUAAAGCUAUUGGCUCACAUGGAGCUGUAUUUCUUCAAAGGCAGCUUGCAAAUUCAAAAAAGAUAUCUGUUCUAACCCAUUGUAAUACUGGCAGUCUUGCAACUGCUGGUUAUGGAACUGCCCUUGGGGUUAUACGCGCUCUUCAUUCGGGGGGAGUUUUAGAGAAGGCCUUUUGCACCGAAACUCGUCCAUUUAACCAGGGAUCCAGACUUACAGCUUUCGAGUUAGUUCAUGAAAAAAUACCUGCAACACUGAUAGCAGAUUCUGCUGCUGCUGCGUUGAUGAAACAAGGGCAUGUUCAGGCUGUCAUUGUUGGUGCUGAUCGAAUAGCAGCAAAUGGUGACACAGCCAACAAGAUUGGCACAUACAACCUCGCCAUCUCCGCGAAGCAUCAUAGUGUCCAGUUCUAUGUGUCAGCGCCGGUAACUUCCAUUGAUCUCUCCCUCCCAUCUGGGGAUGAGAUAGUCAUAGAAGAAAGAUCACCAAAGGAGUUGCUGAACUCUGAAGGUGGUCUGGGAAAGCAAGUUGCUGCAUCCGGUAUAUCAGUCUGGAACCCAGCUUUCGAUGUUACUCCAGCAAAUCUGAUCACUGCAAUCAUAACAGAAAAGGGUGUGAUCACAAAAACUGAUGCUGAUGGAUCUUUCGACAUCAAAGGAUUCCUUCUGCCCGCAAAAUAAUACUCUAGCGUGGCUUCCAUUCUGAAUGACAAAUGUCUGGAUCGACACUGUUGUAUUCUGUUUUCUCUAUUAUACACAAUAAUAAAGUCAUGUCCUCAUAGGAUUUUGGUGUAAGUUUUAUGGAUAGGAGAUCGACGCUAGGGUGUGUACCCAUAGCGGCGCGUAUGAGCCGUGUUUUCACACGAGUGGGCAAGUGAAAAAGAGAUGUGGGAGAUGACCUCUGAGGCUAGGGAUGUUUUGUUUCUAGAGACUAAUUUUUUAGUCUCUUUAUUUUAUUUUAUUUUAGUUCCUAAAUUGCUAAAUAUGGAAACUAAAAUAGAGUUUUAGUUUUCGUGUUUGAUAAUUUAGGGGCUAAAAAAAAUAAAAUAAAAUGGAAGGAUUAAAAUUAGUCUCUAGAAAUUAAACCCCCCCUAAGCAAGAUGAUUGUCUUGCUUGCUUUCAAAAUAAUACAUUAUCUCUAUAUUUAUAGUCCCU